AAAUAGCUCACUCCCUUCUCAUCCACAGAUCGUCCCCGACUCGUCUCUUCCUCGUUCGCUGUUAAGAUUUUGCUUCGAGGCUCCGAGAUCUGUAAUCUCCGCAGCUUUAAGAGAUGGAGACUUUCCUAUUCACAUCCGAGUCUGUGAACGAAGGACACCCAGACAAGCUUUGCGACCAGAUCUCUGAUGCAGUCCUCGAUGCCUGCCUUGAGCAAGACCCUGACAGCAAAGUUGCUUGCGAGACAUGUACCAAGACCAACAUGGUCAUGGUCUUCGGUGAGAUCACCACCAAGGCAACGAUUGACUACGAGAAGAUUGUCCGUGACACUUGCCGCUCCAUUGGAUUCAUCUCUGAUGAUGUUGGUCUCGAUGCUGACAAAUGCAAAGUCCUUGUCAACAUUGAACAGCAGAGCCCAGACAUUGCUCAAGGUGUUCACGGUCAUUUCACCAAACGCCCAGAAGACAUUGGAGCUGGUGACCAAGGACACAUGUUUGGUUAUGCCACUGAUGAAACCCCUGAGCUCAUGCCUUUGAGCCAUGUCCUUGCAACCAAGAUUGGUGCUCGUCUCACUGAAGUCAGGAAGAAUGGAACUUGCCGUUGGUUAAGACCAGAUGGCAAGACCCAAGUCACUGUUGAGUACUACAACGACAACGGUGCUAUGGUUCCAGUCCGUGUCCACACCGUCCUGAUCUCAACCCAGCACGAUGAAACUGUGACCAACGACGAGAUCGCACGUGACCUCAAGGAACACGUGAUCAAACCAAUCAUCCCAGAGAAAUACCUUGACGACAAAACCAUCUUCCACCUCAACCCAUCAGGCCGGUUCGUGAUCGGGGGACCACACGGUGAUGCUGGUUUGACCGGACGUAAGAUCAUCAUCGACACAUACGGUGGAUGGGGAGCUCACGGAGGGGGUGCAUUCUCAGGCAAAGACCCAACCAAAGUCGACAGAAGUGGAGCUUACAUCGUGAGGCAAGCAGCAAAGAGUGUGGUGGCUAAUGGAAUGGCUCGUAGGGCUCUUGUCCAGGUCUCAUACGCCAUUGGAGUCCCCGAGCCAUUGUCUGUCUUUGUUGAUACUUACGGAACAGGGUUGAUUCCAGACAAGGAGAUCCUGAAGAUCGUGAAAGAGGCCUUUGAUUUCAGACCAGGAAUGAUGACAAUUAACUUGGACUUGAAGAGAGGAGGAAAUGGAAGGUUUUUGAAAACGGCGGCGUAUGGACAUUUCGGAAGAGACGACCCUGAUUUCACUUGGGAGGUCGUGAAGCCACUCAAGUGGGACAAACCUCAGGCUUAAGCUUAUAUUUUCUAUCUUUUUACUUUAUAAACAUCUACCGUGGACCAAUAAUUAAUCCCUCUGUUUCUGUUUUUUUCUCUCCCUCUUGUAUUUUUGCUAUGAAAGUUAAAAGGUUUGUUUAAACAUCUACAAUGGACCAUUUUUCUCGUUCACUAUAAAUUGUAGUAGUUGAAAUUUUGUGUU